AGGACGUGCAAUGCCGGCUUUGGUGUGCAACGUGAAUCCGAAGUCACCAUACGCUGUGAGCGUUCUGCUGCCGCAGUUGAGGUGGGCGCAAGUGCACAUGACAGAACUUGGCGACAGCAGCAUCAAGCAAGAUAGCGUCUUGCGCAAGAUCAAGAAUCAUCAGCAGUUGCGCGUCCGACUCAACGCGAAGAGUCUGACUGCGCACGAGCUUGCGCGCACCGAGGCCCUCCGCAAGGCCAAGGAGGAGCACGAGUCGAAGGCCGAAAAGGGUGGCGAGAACACAACGAAUGUGAUUCCUACUACGCUGAGCAAGACCGCAGAGAAGAAGCUUCCGAUCUUGAAUGCGUCUGUUGUUCCAGACGUUGCAGACGAGGAACAUGAGAACAACAACGGCAACACCUCUUCGACUGUGCUUUUAAGUGAUGUGAUCUUGCGCGAAAAGUUGGCAGUGGAUAAAGCAGUGCGUCUGAGCGGUGUCGUGACCAACGUGACACAAGGCGGCAUGUUUGUUUCCUUCACCCCUCAAUUCGCUGGCCGUGUCCAGUUCCGGUACCUGCC